ACAGGCCUGAACUCCACCGCCGCCGUGCAGUACCAGAACCCCGCCUACCCGCUCUACCCAUCGGUCAGCAGCCUGCUGCACGAGAAGGGGAUCCCGGAAUCGGAGAUCUCCAAGAUCCCCGCCACGGGCCCCAAGGGCCGACUCCUGAAGGGCGACGUCCUCGCCUACCUGGGCAAGAUCCCCGCCGAGUACCCGGCGACCCAAGCGGCGCGCUUCGCCAAGCUGGGCCAGCUGGACCUGAGCAACAUCAAGAUUGUCGCUGCUGAAGCCCCCAAGCCCGCCGAAGCUGAACCCACCCCCAAGCCUGCCGAAGCCCCCGUCUUCCGUCCACCUCCCACCACCCGCGUCGCCGUCCCCAUCUCCCUGGCCGCCGUGCUGCACGCCCAGAAGCGCCUGCAGGACAAGCUGCACAUCACCGUGCCGCUGUCGACCUUCCUGGAGCGCGCCACCGACCUCGCCAACGAGGAUCUCCCCCGCUCCGUGCGCGAGCAGCUCACGGCGGACGAGCUCUUCGACGAGCUCGUCCUCGGCGCCGCCCCCGCCCGCACCUCCCGCGGCGAGUACUUCCCCGAGUUCAACGCCGAGGAGGCGGCAGCAGCAGCAGCGGACGCCGUCGUCAUCCCCAAAACCAAGUCCGUCACGGAGGAUAUCAUCGACAUUCUGGCCGGCAGUGGCAAGGCCGCCGCCAAGAAGGUGGUUUCCUCGGUUUCCUCGGUCACCGGCGCAGCGCCGGCCGCGGGCGCGGCCAACGUCUUCAGCUUGACGGUCCCCGUGGGCGAUGAGAAGAGAGCUCAGGUUUUCUUGGACCGCGUCAAGUCGCUGUUGACGGUUGAGCCGGGCCGGCUUGUUCUAUAG